AUGGGAAGACGACUCAGUUUGUAUCGAGUAAUGGACGCCUUGCCUCAUCUACAAAGGCUGGAUUUGCACAAUAUGACAAGAGACAACCGACGAAGAGCUUUUUUCAACGCUGCCUUGCUUCGUCCCGAUCUAAGAGGCUUCCCACUUCAAGUCCUGCGAAUCCACAUCCGCGACUUGACUGCAACUUUAAUGGACUCUAUCCAACUGGAACUAAGACAGCUGCAAUCCAUCACCAUCCAUGGUUCCUCAACACUUCACCAAUUUGCAAGAGAAACAGGGCGAAUUGUACGCGACCAUGAACGAGCACUCGCCAAGCAUCGAAUCAAUCCGGAUCAGAAUCUGCUCACCGAAUGUACUGUUCUCAACACAAGUCUCGCCAGCCUCACCUUUGAAGAUAACCUACAUGUCAACCUGUAUUUACAACAUGUACACCGCAUCUUUUCAAGAGUUACUCGAUUGCGUUUGCAUAAUUGUGGCAUGCGUGGCGGCGGUAGUCUCAACGCCGGUGCCUGGAACUUGCAAAGCUUUGAAUUGGAUAUAACCAAUAUACGCCCCCCUCCCCAAACAAUUCAAGUCAAUACAGGUACGAACGCAAGAGGCUUCCGACUCCAUAAUGGUAGAUACAUAGCCAUUGGCCCAAACGAAGCUUUCGUUCCUGAUCUUAGGUUGUCUGCGUUAAGUUUGCAGCAAUUUGUUAUUUAUUCAGCCGGUUUAAAUCAAAUCUUCAUUAUCGAUCAUCCAUAG